AUGCUGCCGCGCCGUAUUGCUGUGCCAGAGCUCUCAUUUGCAGGACUGCAGGCAGUAAAAGUCAGUAGGCGAUACACGCAGCAGUCUGGGCGUUUUCAACAGUUUGCGUAUCUCCCACCUGGCAGUCAUGCGCCGCGGAUGCCUUGGCUCCGUGAUGCCGUGUCGCAGGAUUCAACUGUAAAAAUGGCACCGUAUGACAGCACGGCGCCACCCUACGCAAACUCCACCGUCGCGGCAGCCGUGAAAAUCCCACCAAGCGUGUCCAUUACAGCGGCGGCGCCGUCAUUUAUUGCAGACCCUUCAGAAUUGGAUGGAAUUCUUGAGAAUUCUUUUGAGCCAUCCGACCAGGUAGCUGCACGUGCAGCAUGGGUUCCAGCGGAAUCAGUUGGACUGAUGCAGACCUCUGCAGCUCAAGGAGGUCCGCUACGUGCCACAGCGGCGUGCCGCAUGUCUGCUCUUGCAGAACCGACGUUGGACACUCAUAUCGGUGACAUCUUAAAAGUGAGUGACUCCCUUGCGGGGGAAAUGUUACCAGAUGUAGUGCGACUUCUUAUAGAACCAAGUGCAGAUGGGGUGGAAAAUGUUUCUCUCAGUGAUUUUGCAGCCAUGCAGCCUAAACGACAGCUUGCGGCUCUUGGUGGUAGGAAGCAGUGGCAUGAGUGGCUCAUUGAAAGCACACACUAUAAACAGGUGGCACGUCUGGAGUUGGAGUCCCCAUAUUAUGAUCUGCGAGCGCUGCGGCAGGCGGGUGUAACCACGUUGUACCAAUGGGCAGAGCAGCCGGAUCUAGUGAAGGUUUCGUCGUGUACACGAAGUCUACUGGAUGCUGCGGUGGAAAAAAGUGUUGAGGCAUACGUUGAGGAGGUAGUCAGGGUUGUGAACACAAGCAACCGACUGUCAAUUAUGUUGAUAUCAUGGGCCGCAGACACCGUCAGUAAAUUUAUUCUGGAAACACUACAUAUCACUGUAGAACAAGCAGCCUUGCAGCGUCAGAGUACAGGAGCAGGAAAAUCUGUGUUGGGGACGGAAAAUGCGAAUGAAGCCAUCGCAGAGCAAGCUGCUGCAAUUGCUGCUAUGGAUACCACAUCAUCUUCCAUGAGUCCCGGACAUGUCUGUACCCUGGAACAUUAUUACAGCCUUGCAAGAAAGGUGUUGGCAAGUGUACGAAAAGAAUACAUAGCUCAACGACAUGCCGAUCAUGGUGGCAAUACGACAGGGAAGGCGAUGCUUGAUAGCCAAGCCGAAGCAGAGAUUCGUGAAAAGGCGUACGCCACCCUCAAUGAAGCCAUACUAAAGGUAUUGGAAGCGCGAGCCCAUAGCAUGCCAAAAGAACUCUAUUCAUUACGUGAUCAUGGUUUUUUAGCUUUAGAACGAAUUCCUGGAUUAUUGAGGCAAGCAGCGUCCGUAUUGCAGCUAAGAAAUCUGCCUGUACGUUAUUUUGUCUUUCAUAGCACCGGGGAACAGGAGGCGGAUGAUUUAGAUAGAAAUGAUUUAGACAUUUUAUCAUCUGGCGGACCCGAUGCUCAAACGCCGGGCACUACACCCAACUCCUCUAUGAAUGUAGCUGCCCCCACACUAACAAGCGGAGUCUUUUUGGCAGGUACGGCCAAUUAUAAUGUUAAGCUUGGUGAGUGGCCUGGACAUCCGCAGCCACCUCCCCCACCCUCCUCCACAUCGUGGACAGAAGACACAGUACAGAACGAGUAUUUCUCUUUAUUGCAUCGCCUGAAGCGACACACCAUCCGUGUGGCACGCACGACACUUUUUGACACCUUCAGGGGAGCCGAUGAAUUUCGUCAUGGCUUCAAUGCGGCAGAAGCGCUUGGUUUGCAGCAACUCUUUGGGACGGCAAAACUUGUGGAGGAUCGUCUUACCUCCGUAUUGAACUGCUACUCCAUCCCGCCCUCUGCCGUUAAACCGGUGCAUUUUGUAGAGGCGGGUCACUCAUGUGGUAAAACCUCCGUGUUGGAACGUCUUUACAAGCGGAUGUCUGAAAGCGGCAAGAAGGCCAUUAUUGUGCGUUACACUGGAGCCACGAUGCCAUUUACCCCUGGUUUAGAUGAUAAUCCUCUUGCAUUUCCCUCUCGCUUUUGGUUCCGCGUCGCACUCGCUUCAUGCCCUUAUUUGAUACGCACGGAAGAGCUUUUCACACGGGCCCCCAAGUCUGUGAUGUGGUGGGCCAAUCGUCUUAACUGGUCAUGGGAAUUGUACCAGAAGCGUAUUCAGCUUUAUGCCUGCUCUGCGGGCGUGCCGUCGCUGCUCCACGCGAUUCUCGUGGAUGAUAUGGACCGCGUGUUAGAUGCCAUGGAAGCUCGACUGGUGGCCACCGCAGGGUCUACACGUAGUAUGACGAUCAACGGUGUAUCGGGUCUUUUCCCACAAUCAGGGUACAUGGAUGCAAUGGGAGAGGGAUCCACAGAAGCUGCCGUCGGGAAAACAACAACGACAGCCGCGUUGAUGUCGGCGAACCACAAUUAUGUGAGCAGGACACAUAAUAACGAAAAUAGCAGCAACAACAGUAAAAAGAAGAAGGAGGAUGUUGCAACUUCCCCCUUGAAAUCAUUGAUGCACUUUAAACAUCAAAUUCCCUUUCAAUUGGACACGGUGGAGGCAGCUUUAGCCAAAGUUACUGUUGCGGUUGGGCAAAUUGACAUGGUUUUUACGGGUCAUUGCGCAAGUAAGCUACUUUUGACGCAUGCGGAUGCACCGGUUCGUCGUUACUUUAUUCCAUUAUCCAAUGGCAUUGGGUUACAGCAGCGACUUCGUGUGCUACCGCUUGUAUCUGUUUUAUAUGCGUUGCAUCAGCGAUCACGUUUAGAAUUUUCUGGGCUGAUGUACGAAGUCCUUAAGAAUUGUCCUGGUCUUCUUGGUUACACGAUGAAUGUUUUUUGGUCUGGACAGGCGGCGUUGAUGGACCUUCGUGGUGGUACCCCUCGUCUAAUGCAGUGGAGUGGUACCCAUCCCUUGUUGCGGAGUUAUGUACCGACGGAACUUUUUGCCGAGCUUCCACAACGUAAUUAUCUUCUGCACAAUUUGCCAGAGGCACGUCUGCGACUUGUGGAAUUGCUCCAACGACAGUUAAGCAGCCCAACAGGGUAUCUGACGACAGGGGUAGACACCACCGUGCAGGAUGAGCGGGAUGGUUUUGUGGUUCCUUACAAUCAUACCACGUGUCAGGUGCAUCCAUUUGCGCUCUUUACGAUAUUUACCCAUCAAGACAUGUUAGAAUCCCCACGUGAGACGAUGGUGGUGCGUGCAUGGGGUGAAGUAUGGGCGGAAUAUUGUGCUGUCGUGAACUCCAUGGGGACAACCAAUGAACGUAAACGUGAUGCACUGCGUGUAAUUCUUCAUGGAGCAUUACUACUUCGUGUCGUGGCGGUGUCCGGAGCACAGAUGGAUCUAAAUAUGAAGAUACCGCCCUAUGGAUUUCCACUACUUGCGUCACCGACACGAGUGAAGCAGAAGGGAGGGGCCGAGCCGAUCGUUAUGAAGGCCACUUCCGACACAGUGCGCAAGGCGA